AUGGACGUCGUCCUCGAGGUCGUCGAUACAUUUAUCGCCGAUUACGCAUACGCCUACUUUCACCCAAAGCCUCCAGCUCCUUAUGAUUUCCCGUCGCCCUCAAACUCGACAGAUACGUCGGCCAAGGCCUUCUCAACAUGGACUUACAAGCCGGCCACUCAAUUCAUCACCCUUGAGCCAGCAGAGGAGGCAUACAUGAGCGCUUGGGAUCGUGACAACCCUCUUCGACAAGCCCUGACUCUAUAUCUCAUCACUUGGAUCUUUGGGCUUCUCGUCUACUUCAUCGUCGCGACACUCUCAUAUAUCUUCAUCUUCGACAAGCGAACAUUUGACCAUCCUCGCUUCAUCAAGAACCAAGUCCGCCUUGAAAUCAUUGCAGCCAACAAGGCCAUGCCCGUUAUGGCCAUCAUCACGGCACCAUUCUUCCUCCUUGAAGUGCGCGGAUACGGCAAACUCUACGACACCACCGAAGAUGGACCCGGGCUCUGGUACGACUUCUUCCAGUUCCCACUCUUCCUCCUCUUUACCGACUUCUGUAUCUACUGGGCUCAUCGCUGGCUUCACCACCGCCUGGUCUACAAGUAUCUGCACAAGCUUCACCACAAGUGGAUCAUGCCUACGCCCUUUGCUAGCCAUGCUUUCCACCCCCUCGAUGGCUUCACCCAGUCAUUGCCAUACCACAUCUUCCCCUUUAUCUUCCCGCUCCAGAAGAUGGCAUAUGUGGCGCUCUUCGUGUUCGUGAACCUCUGGUCAGUCAUGAUCCACGAUGGCGAGUAUCUCACCAACAACCCCGUUGUCAACGGCGCUGCUUGCCACUCUCUUCACCACUCUCGCUUUGAAGUCAAUUACGGCCAGUUCUUCACUGGCUUCGACCGUAUGGGUGGAACAUAUCUCAUGCCUGAGCAGUGGAUGUUUGAGCGUAAUAUGAAGAUGUCAGAGGGUCGAUGGAAGAAGGAGAUUGAGAAGGUCGAUGAGCUUAUUGAAGAGAUUGAAGGUAAAGACAACCGUACAUACGGUUCGUCUAGCACCAAGAAGACUCAAUAG